AUGAGAUUAAUUAGUCAAGUAGUGAUACUGGUGACUUUUAUUAGUCCAAGUAUUAGUAUUACAGGGAUUGCCGAUAUUGGUAAUUUUCGUAAUAUUAUAUUAGACAGGCAUAAUGAAUAUCGUCGAUCUGAACGAGCAUCCAAUAUGCGGGAAAUGGAAUGGGACACAUCAUUAGCAAGAAAAGCUGAACAAUAUGCACGUCAAUGUCGUUAUGAAAGACCAGCAAGGAGUAAUGUUCGGGGAGAAAAUCUCUUUUUCGAUUCAGGUUACGCUAAAAACUGGCACUCUAGGCGAAAAAUGAUGGUGAUGGCUGAAUCGCACAGAAUUGGUUGUGGUAUGGCUCAUUGUGCUACAAUGGGUUAUGGAAGAAACAAUGUUCGUCAUUCUUCACUUUUUGUCUGCUUUUAUUCACCAAGAGGUCGUCUCAUUGGUAAUUACCCUUAUGAACGAGGUCGAUCAUGUUCUCGAUGUCCGAAAGAAACUCGCUGUCGAAACAAUCUCUGCUCUAGUCUUUAUAGUAGUGAUUCACCUGCAAACAUCGUCGCUCCCAAUCCUCCUCGAGACUCGAAUACUGUAGUCGGUCCGAUAUUACCAAACUCAGGUCCAUUAAGCUCCACUGAUAAGCAAUAUGUAUUGCUGGUUCAAAAUCGUAUGAGGGAAAACAAAAGACUUAGAAAGCUGGAAUGGAAUAAUAUAUUAGAGAUGUGGGCGUCCUAUGUUAUAAGAUGUGACGUAGAAUAUCCUGGUCCAAGACAAACUUAUUCAAAUUUUGGUAAAAUAGAUAGGAGUCAAGCUGUUCAACAAUUAAUAUAUGAAUGGGCUGAUGAAGGUGAAGAUAUGAUGGAACCGUCUAUUAGAAGAAUGGGUUGUGCCGCUAUGGCGUGUGAUAGGAAACGGCAGUUAACAUGUAUAUAUGAUGACCGACGAUAUUAA